AUGCAUCGAGCUCCGAAGCGACGACGCUACACGAUUGAGGAAGGCCUUCAGUCCCAAAGGGAGGAACAGGAGCAUGCGCGUGCAGAGGUUCCUGAGGCUGAGGAAGAGGAUACUUCCUCUUCCUCUUCCUCCUCCUCUUCUUUCUCCUCCUCCCCCUCUUCUUUCUCUUCCUCCUCCUCCUCCUCUUUGUCCCGCUCCUAUUAUCCGAUCUCAAGCAUCAUAAAGGUACUUUCUGCUGCUGCUGGGGGAUCAAGUCCCCUGCAGAGUCCUGAGAGAGUCUGCGUCUCUCCCAGUGUCGUGAUAGUCACUCCAUCAAUCAAAUCACAUCAGGGCUCCAGCAGCCAGAAAGAGGAGGAUCCAAGCACUUCGCAGGCCCUGUCAGACACUGGGCCCUUGCUUAUAGAUGCCAUAUAUCAUAAGGUGUCUAUUUUGGUGAAUUUCCUGCUCCUCAAGUAUAGAGCAAAGGAGCCAAUCACAAAGGCAGAAAUGCUGAGUAGUGUCAUCAAAGAGUACCAAGAUCACUUUCCUAAGAUCUUUAGCCAAGCCUCUGAGUGCAUGCAGCUGGUCUUUGGCAUUGAUGUGAAGGAAGUGGACCCUAGCAACCACUCCUAUGUCCUGGUCAACACCUUGGGCCUCACCUACAAUGAGAUGUUGAGGGAUGAGCAGAGCAUACCCAAGGCUGGCCUCUUGAUACAUAUUCUGGGUGUGAUCUUCAUGGAUGGCAACCGCUCCUCUGAGGAGCACAUCUGGGAAGUGCUGAGAAUUAUGGGGGUGUAUGAUGGGAGGGAGCAUUUUAUCUAUGGGGAGCCAAGGGAGCUCAUCACCAGUGUUUGGGUGCAGGAACAGUAUCUGGAGUACCGACAGGUACCUAACAGUGAUCCUGCUCAGUACGAGUUCCUGUGGGGCCCCCGGGCCCAUGCUGAAACCAGCAAAAUGAAAGUCCUAGAGAUUUUGGCCAAUAUGAAUGAUACCACCCCCGAUGCCUUUCCUGUCCAUUAUGAGGAGGCUUUGAGAGAUGAAGAAAUGAGGUCCCAAGCCAGAGUUGUUGUCAGGUUCAAUGGAGUGGCUAGGACCAGGGCCUAUUCUAGGGCCACAUCCAGCGACUUGCCUUAA